AUGAGUAACAAUAAUGCAACUGUAACCGUUAAAAAACAAAUGUUUAAUCUUAUUCAGCAGCGAAUUAAUGGAGAAUCUCCUUUAAUUAAACCCACUCAUAAUCCAAUAAUUCUAAAGACCGAAGAAGAAUGGAAUGAAUAUUUUAAAACUUUUUCGCAAAGAAAAAAACAAUUACAAAUAAAUUAUGAAUGGGAAGAAUUUUGUAGCAGAUUUGAAUUUUCAGUAAAAUUACUUGAAAAAGUUGGAAACGACGAAUUUGAAUUUGAAAGUCAAAAAAAAAAAAAGACAGAUGAAUUGAUAAAAAAGUCUCUUCCGUACUAUGAUCGUAAUGAUUAUAUGCGUAAGAAAAAAUUUCAUAAGUCAAUAGAAUUAUUUGUAGAAAAAUCAAAAGAAAAAGAAGUCCCGCUAGAUUUUUGUCGUCAAGAAUUAACUGGCAUGGGUUUCACAGUUAAUUCAUUAAGCGAAGGCAGUGAUGAAGAAAUUCAAACUUUAUUUCGUUGA